GGGGCUCACGUGAUCUGUUCCCAACGCCGCCAUUUUGGAGCUCCCGAUGAGGAAAGGAAAAGCGGGGGAAAAGAGGGAAAAGAGCCGGGAGAGAGGUGGGCGAGGACCCGGGCGAGGGCACGGCCAGGCUCCCGGCCGGCCAAAGGAGGCUCGCGGAAGCAGCAGCUGCCGCCCGACCGCAGAUAUGGAAGAAAGCAGCAGCAUCGCCAUGUUGGUGCCAGAUAUUGGGGAACAGGAAGCUAUAUUGACUGCUGAAACUGUCAUCAGUUCAUCAUUGGAAAUUGAUGAACAAAGAAAAGCUAAAACAGAUCCAUUAAUCCACGUUAUCCAAAAGUUAAGCAAGAUAGUAGAACACGAAAAGUCACAAAAAUGUCUUUUGAUUGGGAAAAAACGGUCACGUUCAAAUGCUGCAACACGCUCUCUUGAAAGUCAAGAAUCUUGUGAGAUCCCCGCUAAAGUAACCCAGUCACCUGCUGCUGCUCUUCAAAGGGCUGAGAUGUCACAAAUCCAUUUAACCCCUGAUUCUUUUGCCCAGAAUGAUGGGAAAGCUAUGUCUUACCAAUGUAGCCUUUGUAAGUUUCUGUCGUCGUCUUUUUCUGUAUUAAAAGAUCACGUCAGGCAGCAUGGUCAGCAGGAUGAAGUGUUGUUAAUGUGCUCCGAAUGCCAUAUCACAUCCAAAAGCCAAGAGGAACUUGAAGCCCACGUGGUAAACGACCACGAAAACGAUGCCAACGGUCACAGUCAACCCAAAGCCCAACAAUGUGGAAGCCCCACUGACUCCUUGUGUCCGAGAACCUCAGAAAGAAAUACCGAAACCAUUCCUGACAACGCAGUCAGUGUGGACAACCCACCACAGACUCACAUGGUCCAGACGGCAUCCGUGGCAGAAAUGGGCAGGAGGAAAUGGUAUGCCUAUGAGCAGUAUGGCAUGUAUCGAUGCUUGUUUUGUAGUUACACUUGUGGCCAGCAGAGAAUGUUGAAAACACAUGCUUGGAAACACGCUGGGGAGGUUGAUUGCUCCUACCCAAUCUUUGAAAAUGAAAGUGAGCCCCUGGGCCUGCUGGAUUCUUCGGUGGCUGCUGCAGCUGGCGGGGUCGACGCAGUCGUCAUUGCAAUCGGAGACAACGAACUGAGCAUCCACAACGGGCCAUCGGUGCAAGUGCAGAUUUGCAGCUCAGAGCCCUUAUCAUCUUCAUCUCCUUUAGAGCAGAAUGUGGAAGAGGGGGUUCACCUAAGUCAGUCAGUUACCCUCGAUGCCAACGAGGAAGAAGUGCUAGAGGUGGCUUCGGAUGCAGAGGAGAAUCUGGUGGCCGACAGCCUACUUUCCUCAGCACAGAAGAUCAUCAGCAGUAGCCCGAACAAAAAAGGCCACGUUAACGUGAUCGUGGAGCGGCUGCCAAGUGCCGAAGAAACUCUGUCACAGAAACAUUUCCUCAUGAACACCGAAAUUGAAGAGGGCAAAAACCUGAGCGCGACGGAAGCCAAGCUUGAAUGUGAAGGAAACGACGACGUCUAUCAUGCCGAGAAGUGUACCGUGGACAUCGGGGGGUUGAUCAUAGGCUGGAGCAACACAGAGAAGAAAGAUGGCGAGUUAAUAAAUAAAGGGCUGCCUACCGAUGAGAAUGCCCCACCAGGCCGGAGAAGGACAAAUUCCGAGUCUCUCAGGCUGCACUCGUUGGCUGCAGAAGCCCUGGUCACAAUGCCUAUAAGAGCCGUGGAGCUCACACGAGCCAACCUUGGGCACUACGGGAACAUCAACCUCCUAGAUCCAGACACCGGACAAAGGCAAGUAGACAGUACGUUGGCAGCAUAUUCUAAAAUGAUGUCCCCACUUAAAACCUCUUCAGAGGGGUUAACGAGCUUCAACCAAAGCAACCCUACCUUGGUGGCACUCCCGGAGGGUAGGCAGGAAUUGUCAGACGGGCAGGUAAAGACAGGCAUCAGCAUGUCCCUGCUCACCGUGAUUGAAAAAUUACGGGAAAGGACAGACCAAAACGCUUCCGAUGACGACAUUUUGAAAGAGUUGCAAGACAACGCCCAGUGCCAACCCAACAGCGACACGGGUUUGUCAGGAAGCAGCGUGGUGGAGUACAUCCCUAACGCCGACCGGCCCUACCGCUGCCGCCUGUGUCACUACACCAGCGGCAACAAGGGCUACAUCAAGCAGCACCUGCGAGUCCACCGGCAGAGACAGCCCUAUCAGUGUCCUAUCUGUGAGCACAUAGCGGACAACAGCAAAGACUUGGAGAGCCACAUGAUCAACCACUGUAAAGCACGAAUAUACCAGUGCAAGCAGUGUGAGGAGUCCUUCCAUUAUAAGAGUCAACUGAGGAACCAUGAGAGAGAGCAGCACAGUCUUCCAGAUACCUUGUCAAUAGCAACCUCUAAUGAGUCAAGAAUUUCCAGCGAUAUCCCUGAUGGAAAAUGUGCUCAGGAAGGGAAUAAGUCUUCGGUCCAGAAACAGUACAGAUGUGAUGUGUGUGAAUAUACAAGUACUACGUAUGUUGGUGUCAGAAACCAUAGACGAAUCCAUAACUCUGAUAAGCCUUACAGAUGUUCUUUGUGUGGGUAUGUGUGCAGCCAUCCUCCUUCUUUGAAGUCUCACAUGUGGAAGCAUGCCAGUGACCAAAAUUAUAACUACGAACAAGUAAACAAGGCUAUUAAUGAUGCGAUCUCACAAAGUGGCAGAGUUCGAGGGAAAUCCCCUGGAAAGACUCUGUUAAACAGCAGUGAAGAAAGAGCCAAUUCUCUUACUGGAAGUUCAGAAAAUUUGGUGUCAUCCUCCGAGCUGAUUUCUCAGGCUCCCAGUGAAGUCAUAGGUCCUAACGAGAGUGAGAAACUGAGCCCUACAAGUAAUACCUCAUACAGUUUAGAAAAAAACUCCAGUCUGGCCCCUCCUGGUAUGGAGUAUUGUGUUUUACUCUUCUGUUGCUGUAUUUGUGGUUUUGAAUCUACCAGCAAAGAAAAUCUCUUGGAUCAUAUGAAAGAGCAUGAGGGUGAAAUUGUAAACAUCAUCCUAAAUAAGGACCACAGCACAGCUGUAAACACAAAUUAGAUGGAGUAAUUACCCGAAGAGGAAAACGGUAGAAGAGGAAUCCUUUAAAUCAGUUUCACCUUUGCACUGUCCAGUAACUUACUAGAUACAGAGGAAGUGGUGUGAUUUUUGAGGACAUGACCAUGUGACUUUGGAACCAAAUUUGUAAUGUAAUAGAAGGAAUUCCAAAUGGAUAAGAGGUGAUAGUAUUUAAAUAUUUCGUGUGAGAGGAAGUGGGUUGAGGAGACAGCAAAGAUGUAACCUUUCUAAUAACCUUCUGUUACCUCUUCUUAGUUUGAGUAUAUUUAUUAUUAAAAGCUUAUUGUAGUAUAGAAAUGCAAGCAGAAGAGUUAAGAAAGGGCUUUUCAGGAACUAUUCUAAAACUUGUUAUGAAAGUGUCACAACCAUAAGCAGAGCUUAGUUUUCUUCAUUCUCAGUUGCGACGUGCAUGACAGGCCUCUUAUGAGGAGAGGAUUUUUCAGCAUCAGCAAAGAAAAGGUCUUUAGAGGGCUUUGAGAUGAUCAACCAAAAUCUUUCCCCAGGGUGAUAGGAAUAAAUCAUAUACACAAUCUGAGUUGUGUUACUUUAUUCUUUAAAAAGAGAGAAAGAGGAAUUCUCUCGAGGUCCAGCAGUGGCUUGGGUUGCUGCUGUGGCACAGGUUUGAUCCCUGGCCUGGGAACUUCUGCAUGUCACAGGCACAACCAAAAACAAAAAAAGAAAAGAAAGAGAAAGAAAAGAGUCCUCUAAAUCAAAAUCUAGAUUGUAAAUAGGCAUUUACAAUGUAAAUUCUUGUCUUAAAUUUACAGUGAAUGUCUUAUGGGCAAAGGAGGAAAGAGGUGAAUUCCCUCCAGCCUCCACCCAGAUCUCAAGGUUCAUAAGAAUGGUGGCUGGGUGAGCACUGUGCACUUCUCAGAGAUGCUUCCCAGCAUAUUUGAUGGAACACCCCAAUUUUCUCCAUUGCCUUCUAAUCCACUCUUCUAACCUAGACUAAGCUUGUUAUCUGAAAGAGUCUAUUAAAACAAUAAAGUAGGAAAUUUUGCAUUUGAAUAUCAGACCUUGGAAAUAACUUGAACUGUCAAAUAAAAAAUCAUUUGGGGGAAGAGAGAUGAAAUUCAGAAGCCCCUAGAAUAUAUACUGCCUUGAGAUGUUACUUCCUAGAGUUUAUUUCGUUAUACUUAGCAUGAGAAGUAUAACCAGAUGUGGCUGAAAUAUAGUAAAAAUUCAGAUUGUUUAUAAAACUUUGACACCAUUUGGCAAGUGUACAGGGUUUCUCCUAUCCAGGAAAUUGCAUUUUGUUGUGCAAUAAGAUACAUGGAAAACCAACUAGAAGUGCUCUUUGCGUUAAAACUCGCCAUCAAAUAGAUGAAAUCUCAUUAAUUACACACUUUGUAUUAUGCUGUUUUUCAGCGAGUGAAGAGAACAGGGUUUUUUGUUCUUGCUUUUAUAGCUCCGAUCAUUUAUGUAUGCAUCGUUUCGUUAAUGUCCAUCCUGCCUACAAGUCAAAAGGUGGCCGGUGCGCCAUACAGUGCGUGCGCCAUCUUCAUGGUGCUCUUUUUGAACUUGACUUCUGACACCUUUUAGAGCUGAGGCUGUGACUCUCACAAACUUAGAAAACAUGGGAAAACAGAACUUUUUGAAUAGGAUACUCUGCGGACACAUUUUAGGAAAGAAUUGUCUUCCCAAAGUCCAGGUAUGAAUUGAAUGAAUUAACAUUUUAAAGAUAGCAUUAGAAUCUAUUCAUGCGGGGCCAGGCACCUGGAAACACUGUCUGAUUUGUUUUUCUAAUCAAAAUGAGAUUAGAUUGAUUGUAAGUUUGCAGCUCUUUAAUUUAGGUAGUUUUAAUUUAUUUGUGAAAGUUAAUCGAUUUCUGGUAUGUGGUUUUAAAAGAUAAAAUGAAUUUAUAUAUAUUAAACUAUAAACCCCAAAUCCACAUGCAUUGGAUUUCUUGGUUUUCUUCUGGUUUCAGAAUUAAAGCAUGAUUAUUAUAUUUCAUUUCAAAUUCAAAUAAAAUAUCUUAAAUGGUUCCAUUAUCAACAUUAUAUUGUUGCCAUUCAGUCAGUUUUUUCAUUACUGUAGCUGUGACUCAGUGUUUCUUUAUAAAAAUUUAUUAUUCUGAAAAUUAACAACCUUAGAAGAAUUUGGCUUUAAUUUUAUGUAAUCAUUUGUAAAAUACUAAUAACCAAAAAGCAUUCCCAGAAUUUCAGCAGAGAAUUUUUUAAUUUCCUUAAACCACUUCCACUACCACUUGAUUGUUCCUUAAAUUUUCCAUUUGGAAUUAUGAAUUUAAAAUUUCCCCAACUCAUGGGAAAAAAUUAACCCAGAAGUUCAAAAGUCUUUUAAACACUUAUCUGACUCUAGCCUAGAAUAUUUUCAAAAGCUCUGUCCUGGCCUGCAGGAGGAACCCUAUACCAAGGGUGUUUGUCACCUUCCCAUUAUGGUUUUGCGGCAACCCUUAAGUUAACAAGGUCUCCCCCAGAAACAACUGAGUGAUCCGAAAAGUAAUAAUGAAAACUAAAUAUGCGAUUUUAAUUAUAGAAGAGAUAGGUAUUAACAUAGUCAACAGGAAUCCACUUUGUAGAAAUAACCUUUUACUGGUGACUAGAUCUUUUGCCAUACAAAGCUUAUAGUAUUUGUUUUCUGCUCUGAACACUUAAAAUUCUAAGAUUUGGUAGUGAAAACAGUUUUUAAAAACAAACUUCCUGGAUAAGGCAAAGGUGAGGAGGGGGAACGGGAUGCCUUCUGAUCAUUCUAAAUAACACUUUUCAGGGCACUAUCAUUUUCUCUCUUUCUCUAAUCACCUAGAUUAUGGUUGGUUUCCCCAGUGUUCUAACAGUACCAUGCCUAUAUUCGAGCUGACCUGUAGACUUCAAGUUCUGUGUCUAGCCAGUGCAGGGUAGCAACGCUGACUGAAGCCUUUGUUCUAGAUCUUUCACCUAUUUGAGGUAGCUGUUGGUGGCUUUGUUAUUAUUUUCUUUGUCUUUUCUCAACAAAGCAGAUGGUGGGCACCUGUGUUUACAUUGUAUCUUCCUGCAAUGUACUUGGCUUGAUGAAGACAAGCAGGCUCCUCUAUUGAGACUUAUUAUAUUUUUAGUUUUCAUGGACACUUAUUUAAUCUUUUUUUUUAUUGUACAGCAAGGUGCUCUAAGUAAUAUUCUAUAAAAUAUAUUUAAUAGAAAUUUGAGUUCGAUAUUCAUGGACAUGAAUACAUGUAUUUUUUUAAGAAAUAAGUAUUGUGUAACACUAUGGCAUUGCUUCUAUAGCCAAAGUCUAAAAAUUUCUGGAACACUGACAUGUAAAGACUACAGUUAAUUCUGACACUGUACCUUAUUAAAAUAGGAUGAUUUGCAUUUCGUAAAAUUAUCCUGCACAUCAAGCUGCAUGCCUUAAGCCUAAAACUCUAGGAUUGUGUUCAUGGUAGAACAGUUUAUCUGUUCAACACACAGUGAAGCAAGGUCUAUAGCGCUUCUUUAACUACCUUUGGAAAUACUGUACAAUGUUAGAAUAAUUUAUUUUGCUUUACAGGAGUUUGUCAUGUAUUGACUUUAAUAUUGUAUUUUGGUAAUAAAUUUUUUGUUAAAAAC